AAAACGCGUAAUCGUACAAUUGCGCAAUCGUAAACCAGGGUGAAUCUCUUGCCCCCUGCUUCCUCCUUCAUGUGUACAUAAUUUUGUAAAAAAAAUGUUAAACCAUUGAGUGAAAGAGCACGCAUCAGUGACCUUCAUCAUACCAUCAUAUAUGUAUAUAUAUAUAUAUAUGUACACAUUUUAUAAUAUUCAUUUUACCAUUGUUAAGAGUAUGUACUGAAAGAGAGAAUCAAAAAUGAAAAUAUAAAUUACUAACACGCGUUGCCCUCUCUUCCCCUUCCCACCCUUUUGCUGUUAUAGUCAUUUCACGUUCAGCGCAGUUUUUCAUUUUUCUUGAAAGAGUAACUGUGUGUGCGCCUGUGCGCUGUGUGUUUGCGCGUUUGCCGUUUGCGAAUCUGCCCCUUUGCGAAUUUGCCUGUUUGCGAACCUGCCCAUUUGCCCCUUUACCGCUUUGUGUUUUCAUUGCUGUACCCCCCCUGAGAAAAAAAAAUAUAGCGCGCAACAUUUUCUCAGUCGCAUUUGAACGAUUUGAAGUUUAAAUUCAUUUUUGAAGGGGCCGUUACGCGGUGACAGCGCCGUUUGAAGAGCGCCCGGAGCAAACGUAAGUUGUCACUGACGCCCAGGAAGCCAGAAAAAUAUUUCUGUUGGCUGUCAUAAGGCAGAAAAUUAUCCGAACAAGAAACAGCGAGGAAGUAUCCACCCCCUCAUCAGCGCAGCUGAAGGAAGCGAAACGUUACCAAAAUGAACUUCAUCACGAGAAUGGGAAAGAAGGCCAAGGCCGCGGCGGCGGCGGUGGUCGAAGAGAAGCCAGCCAAGGAAAACAACGUGAAGGAGAACGCGGCGAACGAUAAGAAGCAGGCGGCCCCCAAGGCGACCGAGAAGGGAGACAAAAACCAGAAGGCUCCGAAGAAUGACAAGAAGGCGGCCCCCAGCAGUGGAGGUGAAGGAGCGGCAAAUGUGCAACUCAACGGAAGCGUGAACAAAAAGGAAAAGGAGACGGACGGUAAGAAGAGCAACAACGCGAAGGAGAGCAAUACCGGCGGUGCGAGUAACAGUAAAGCUGAGCAGAAUCAAAACGCAGCACAGAAGAAAAAGAAGGCGAACAAGAAUAACAAGAGGGAGGACGCUUCUGCGGGGAACCUAAACGAGGAGUCCAUGGAGGAGGAGAAGGUGAACGAGAGCCCCGCGCAAGGCAAGGCGAAGGGUGCUAAGAAGGGAGAAGCGAAGAAGGAAGAGGCGAAGAAGGGGGAAGCGAAAAAGGGAGACGCGAAGAAAGGCGAAGCAAAGAAGGACGACGCGAAAAAAGCGGACGCUAAGAAGGCGGAUGCAAAGAAAACCGACGUGGUGACCCCCGAACCCAAGGAGGAAGCCAAGAAGGACCUGAAAAAGGAACUCAAGCUGAAGGAAGACGAAAGGAAAAAAAUCGAAAACGAGUUAAACAAAAAGUUUCAAAAGUUGAGCAAGCAAGAUAACAGUAAAAAUAUCAACGACAAGAUGGAGGCAGAAGUGAAGAGAAAGGCAGAAUACGAAAAUUUAAUCGCCUCCAUUAAUACAUCUAUUUCUAAGGUAAAUGCACAGACACCGAGACCAACGAAUAUGAAGAUGUCAUCUGCAGAUGUAGAGAACAAAUGUAAGGAGGCAAAACUGAAGAAGAAAAAAAUGAACCCCAAAAAUGAAGAAGAAAUGGAAGAAGUAAACACGUACAUUAACUACCUAGAGGAACAAUUAAAUAUCACGAAAAAUUACGAAAGUUUUAAAAGCUUCCAAAACAGGUUAAUCACUUUGAAAAAGACAUGUGAGGAGAAGCUAAAGGAGAAUGUGAAAAGUCUAUCCGAAAUUAAAGUCCAAGAGAAGAAGCUCCGAUUUGUUGAUAAAAUUAUAAAAUUUAAAAAGGAAAAACAUAACGUUACCAUUGUGGAAGCAGACAUCACGAACAAGGAAUUUGUCAUGCCAAGUGAUAAAUACAACCAGUUAAUUAAGCCCUUCAAUUUCAUCAACAAAAUUCAGAGCAAAUAUGUGGUGUACGUAGAUAAAGUGAACAACAAUAAUUUUGAGAACAAAGUGUCCCUUUUCAUUUCAGGCUGCAAAGAAGAUAUAGAAAAUUUCAUCACGCAUGUGAGGAGCCUCGAUAUGACGGAAAAAAAUUACCUACAUAUGCCCAACAGGACCUUUAAAUCGAUGCUCAAUAUGUAUGAGGGUAACUUCAGAAAAAUGGAGGAAGAGACAAAUGUGCUGCUACACAUAGAUAAUGAUACGCUGCACUACUGCGGAAUGAAGAGCGAUAUAGAGCGACUGAAGGAAGUUAUCGAAAAGGCAAACAAUGAGCAAAGUGCCAACACGAAAAACAUUUCCAAAGAUAUCAAAUUGGACUCUGUGCUCGGAAGGGGAUUUAACAAAAGUUUAUUAAAAGCUAUUGAGGCCAAGACCAACACGUUCAUCCGCAUGAAUUAUGACUCCAAAAGUUUCGAAGCUUGGGCUACCAUCAAGGGGAAUAAAAACAGCGAUAUAGAGGAAGCGGAGGAAAAGCUCAACGAAAUUAUCAAAAGCUUAGAAUCCAAAUUUGUAGAAUUUGAUGAAAGGGAAAUGUUUAACUUGUAUAAGAAAUGUGCCUACGAAUUGAAUGACAUAAAAGUCAAUUUGAACCUCUUCGUCGUACGUCACGACAAUGGUAUUAGUCUCGUAGGAAAGGGGGAAAACAUUCAGAAGGGGUUAGAAAUUCUGGACUACGUGAAAAAUGUGAUAUCCUCAAAAUCGGUGAAGAAAAAAGUAACUGAAGAAGAAGCGUACCUUUUCAAUGCCAAUUACAGGAACUACAUAAAAGCGCAAACCGGAGCAGAGGUAAAAAUAUUCAACAAAACGAAUUAUAAAGAACUAAACAUCAGUGGAAAUAAAAACGAUAUAGACAACGCUUUGCAGCUAAUCGAUGAGUUACUAGAAAAAAGAAAAUGUGUGCAUGUCGAAAUUACCGAAAAGGUAAUUGCCAUGCUCCUUUCAGCCAAGGCUCAAAAAAUUAAAGAAAUUGAAAAAGACACAUCCACAAGCAUUCAGAUAAACAAGAAUAACCACGUGGCGCAGAUCUACGGGCAUGAAGAAAACAUUGCCCUAGCGAAGGAUGUCUUGCAAAAUCUGUUACAAUCAGAUGAUAAAGAGGAAAAAUAUAAUGCCAAUAAUAAUUACAUCACCGUCGAAAUGGUGGUAGAUACGGAACAUAUUGGAAGCAUCAUUGGAAAGAAGGGUAGAACUAUUAACAAAAUUCAGGAAGAAACUUUUGCCAAAAAGAUUCACAUCGAUAAGGAUAGUAAGAAGGUCCUAAUCCAAGGUACUCCCAAAACGGUUGAGGCGGCACAGAAGGAAAUACAAAAAAUUCUUAACAGAAGUAAGGAAGAAAAUGCACACAAUAAUACCUACCAAGGUGACCGUUACAACAAAAACUUCAGUCACUCCUUGACACCCAAUAGGAGAAACGCAUACCAGAGCAGCAGCAACAACACCCGCUCAGCCAACAAAUCUUCGCACCGACCCGAUUCGGCCCAAAACGGCGUCUACAUAAACACCAAUGAUGAGAAGGCCUUCCCCAGCCUCCACGAUGUUAGUAACAUUCAAUCUAGGAAGACCAAGAAGGCCAUCAACCAGGCUAAUGUGAAGAGGCAAGACGAGCAGCAGCAGGCAGCCGAGGCCGCCACGGCUGACAAGCAGUAGGCGCCGCCGUCCAUGGGCCUCGUGGGGACGAGGCAGAGCUACGCACAGAGAUACGCCCGUCGUUACUUCCCCGCAGCAGUUUCGGUUUAACUUGCACAUUCCACUUACAGCUUCGUUACGUCCCCGCGUCAGUUUCGGUUUACCUCGCACGCGCCACCUACAGCUUCGUUACCGCCCCGCCCCAGUUGCAGUUCCCUUUUUUUCGACACGCAUAUGCGCAAGUAUAUGUGCCUAGACGGUGCGCCCAGCCACGCCCACACACGACAACCAUUUGCAUGCGCACCCGAGGCGCGGCCGCGCGAACAGGCACAUAUAAGUUCCAACCCCCCUUCCCCCCGAGGUGUAUGUGCGGGCAGGUACAUGGGGUGUGCGGCAUACACAUUGGGGUUUGCGGCAAGUACAUAUUGGAGUUUGCGGCAUACACAUUGGUGUGUGCGAGCGUACUACCGCGUAUAUUUGUAUGCUUUUUAAAGUCCAAAUUGUGUGUGCGCGCAGUUGAGCCAUUCGACAAUUCAGCGCAUACAAUGUGUAUUGAGUGAUUGCCAGCGAGAUGGGCAGUUCCGCGGAAGAAGCGAAGCAAAGAUG